AUGUCUACAUCAUCGGCAUCAGCGCCAGACGCGUUGCCACCGCUAUCCGCCGCCGACUUCAGAUUCUACAACCGCCUGGCCGAGCACAUGGAGUUCUACCACAACAUGCUACGGUCGACCUGGGACCAAUUGUACGCCGGUACAGCUCCGGGCUCACGUCUAAAACCCACUCAGCUGAUCAAUUUGGGUUUGCACUUCUGUCGGCACCUCGAGGGCCACCACAAUAUCGAAGAGGCGGAGUGGUUCCCUGUGCUGGGGAAGAAAAUGGAGGCUUUUCGAUCCAAGGGGUUCGCUAAGGAACAGCACAAAGAGAUGCAUAAAGGUCUUGAGAGGCUGAUCCCCCAUCUGACCGAGUGCCAACUAGGUCACCGGGAGCUACGCAGGGAGGAAGUACGGGAGAUCAUGGAUUCAUUUGCUAAGGUAUUAUGGACGCACCUGGACGACGAAGUCAAGGAGUUGGGCGCGGACAAUAUGAGAAAGUAUUGGUCGAAGGAGGAGAUGAGGAGGUUUCCAUUCUGA